UCUGUCUGUCUGUCUGUGUGUCCCCAGGCCGCCUGUAUCCCUGUUCUCCUGAGUAACGGCUGGGAGCUGCCCUUCUCGGAUGUGAUUGACUGGAAACAGGCUGUGAUUGAGGGGGAUGAGAGGCUGCUGCUGCAGAUCCCUUCAACGGUGCGGUCCAUUAACAGCGACAAGAUCCUGGCAUUCCGGCAGCGCACCCAGAUGCUGUGGGAGGCGUACUUUUCCUCUGUCGACAAGAUAGUCCUGACCACGCUGGAGAUCAUAAAGGACCGUGUAUUCGGCAGGGUGUCUCGUAACAAGCUGAUGUGGAACACGUUGCCCGGGGGUCUGUUUGUGCUGCCUGAGUACUCCUCUCACCUGGCAGACUUUCCCUUCUACUACCUGAACCAGGGUCUCAGCCCCAGGCAGGAGUUCACAGCUGUCAUCCACGCUGUCUCUCCUCUCCUCUCCCAGUCACAGCCCAUCAUUAAGCUCCUGCAGGUGGUCUCCAAAUCCAAGUACUGUUCUCAGAUCAUCAUUGUGUGGAACAGUGAGAAGCCGACCCCUCCUCGGAGCAGGUGGCCUGAGACCCCCGUCCCUCUGAGCAUCGUGGAGGGCAAGAGGAAGACCAGCAGCCGUUACUUGCCCUACAGCGACAUCACGACGGAUGCAGUGCUGAGCCUGGACGAAGACACCGUGCUGCUGACCAGCGAGGUGAACUUUGCGUUUGUGGUGUGGUGCAGUUUCCCUGACCGGAUCGUGGGGUACCCGCCACGCAGCCACUUCUGGGACAACAGCAAGCAGAUCUGGGGGUACACCUCCAAAUGGACCAACGAGUUCUCCAUGAUACUGACCGGGGCAGCCUUUUACCACAGGUACUAUCACCACCUCUUCUCUCACUACCUCCCCGCCGCACUGCGGAGCCUCGUUGACCAGACAGGAAACUGCGAUGACAUCCUGCUCAACUUCCUGGUGUCGGCUGUCACACAGCUGCCCCCCAUUAAAGUGAUACAGAGGAAGCAGUACAAAGAGGUGCUGUCCACACAGGGGAUGAAGAGCUUGCACUGGGCGAACCCCGAUCACUUCUCCCAGCGGCAGGACUGUAUGAACGUCUUCGCCCACUGGUUCGGCUACAUGCCGCUGGUGCACUCCCAGCUCCGGCUGGACCCUGUGCUCUUCAAGGACCAGGUCUCUGUCCUGCGCAAGAAAUACAAAGACCUGGAGCGGCCCUGAGGCGGGAGGGGAGGCGACACAACCUCCAGCACAGAGGAGCACUGCUGUAGGACACCCCUCGAGGGGCUCAGGGCCUAAGGGGCUCCGGGUGGAGGAGGGAGGGUAGUGACUAGAGAAAGCCAGGAUCGAGUCUGGCUUACCUCCAGCCCUCCCUCCCUAGAGUGUAGUAACUGGAUCUGCGUAGGGAAGGGACCCAUAUUUCUAGAUUUCUCCUUUGUCUGUGAACUUACAAGAAGAAAGCCUCAUCCCAUAGUACUAGCUGGCUGCGUGGGUUUUCAAUGGUGUCCCGCUGCAGGUUGGAAAAGGUUUCACACGCGCAAGACGUUUGACUGGUGUUAGGGUUGGAUAAACUGUUCGCUGUGGGAAAUGCGGCAGAAAACCGUGACAUCACCCCUCUUGCGUGGUGCGUUCCUCAUUGAUAAAUGAAAAAAAUGUGAGCAUAAAAUAGACAGUGGGAAUGACAGAUAACCUCCAUAUCCACCCGGAUUACUUAGUAACAUUCUAAAGAAUAUCCUUAGCAAGUUUCAUCAUAACUGGACAAGCAUUUCUCUAGAUACUGUUUAUCAGAGAGUUGAACGGGCCGACAGACACUGAUGAUUAUUAUACACUGUACAGCUGCUGCUGAAGAUCCUAGGCUAGUUUUGCCACAAUCGUACAGGCAAAGCUCUAGACAUAUUCAAUCAUGGAAAAUGUGACGGCUAUUUGAAACCAUUUUUUGACCAUUACAAGAACACAAGCAUGAACACUACACAGUAUCUAGCUUUGUACUGCCUUGUUCCAAACCAGUGUAGGGGUGCGUGAUUUACAUUGCUGAUGGU